AUGAGUUGUUUCAGCUGUUGCGGAGAGGAUGAGUUCCACAAGGUCGCUGAGAGUGGACCAUAUAUUGUAAAAAACCCAGCAGGAAAUGAUGGAAACUACCAUGCUUCUGAGUCUACAAAACCGGGAGCUCAGACUGUUAAAGUGCAGCCCAUUGAAGUUCCGGAGAUACAGGCUGAUGAACUAAAAGAAGUUACAGAUAACUUUGGACAAGAUUCUCUGAUUGGAGAGGGAUCGUAUGGAAGAGUUUAUUAUGGAGUUCUUAAGAAUGGCCAGGCUGCAGCAAUCAAGAAAUUAGAUGCCAGUAAACAGCCUGAUGAGGAAUUCUUGGCCCAGGUUUCUAUGGUGUCAAGGCUGAAACACGAUAAUUUUGUCCAGUUGCUUGGAUACUGUGUUGAUGGAAACUCCCGUAUUCUUGCUUAUGAGUUUGCAUCUAAUGGUUCUCUUCAUGACAUUUUACAUGGCAGAAAAGGGGUUAAAGGAGCACAACCCGGUCCAGUUUUGACAUGGGCACAAAGAGUAAAAAUUGCUGUAGGGGCUGCAAGAGGGCUUGAAUACUUGCAUGAGAAGGCUGAUCCCCAUAUUAUUCAUCGGGACAUCAAGUCAAGCAAUGUGCUAAUCUUUGAAGAUGAUGUUGCAAAAAUUGCAGAUUUUGAUUUGUCAAAUCAGGCUCCAGACAUGGCUGCACGUCUUCAUUCCACUCGUGUCCUUGGAACCUUUGGUUAUCAUGCGCCUGAAUAUGCAAUGACUGGACAAUUGAAUGCUAAGAGUGAUGUAUACAGUUUUGGUGUUGUCCUUCUGGAGCUUUUGACAGGAAGGAAACCUGUUGAUCAUACACUACCACGUGGACAGCAGAGUCUGGUUACCUGGGCUACCCCAAAACUCAGUGAGGAUAAAGUCAGGCAGUGUGUUGAUACAAGACUAGGAGGAGAAUACCCACCAAAAGCUGUUGCUAAGAUGGCUGCUGUUGCUGCGUUGUGUGUGCAAUAUGAAGCUGAUUUCAGACCUAACAUGAGCAUUGUAGUCAAAGCUCUUCAACCUUUGUUAACUGCCCGAGCUGGACCUGCUGGUGAAACAGCAAAUUAA